ACGUGCUUACGGUGGUGCGUGACACAGCGGAGGGCGUCCCCAGACAGGCAGGUGUUGGGGAGAUGCUGUGGAGACGGCGACGAGGAAGUCUGCAGCUGUGCCCCAGGGUCGCCUGGAAGCCUGCAGCCCCGUAUAAAGGCCGCCAGGGGAAGGAGCCUCCAGACAUCACCGCCUCCUCCCUCCCGACACCAGCCCGCCCCACGCUGACAUGUGCCACACCAGCUGCCCCCCGGGGUGCCAGGCGUCCUGCUGCUCCUCCAGCCCCUGCCAGGCGUCCUGCUGUGUGCCCGUGAGCUGCAAGCCUGUGUGCGUGCCCGUGGGCUGCAGACCCACUGUGUGCGUGCCUGUGAGCUGCAGAGCAACUGUGUGCGUGCCCGUGAGCUGCAAGCCCAUGUGUGUGCCCUCCUGCCAGUCCUCCGGGAGCUGCCAGCCCUACUGCCAGUCCUCCGUGUGCGUGCCCGUGAGCUGUAAGCCUGUGUGCGUGCCCUCCUGCCAGUCCUCCGUGUGCAUGCCCGUGAGCUGCAAGCCCGUGUGUGUGCCCUCCUGCCAGUCCUCUGGGAGCUGCCAGCCCUCCUGCCCCACCCUGGUCUGCAGGCCCAUCUGCUCCAGCUCCCCGUGCUGCCUCUGACCACGUGUCUCCGACCAGCUGCUCCAGGGCAAAGGGGGCCGUGCCUGUGCCCAUCCUGGAUCACGUCUUCACGGGGCCCCCAGCUCUGCAUGUGGCAGGUGAAGAACAUUCCCGAUGAGUUCCUGAUGAGUAGCAAGAUGAUCCAGAUCCCUCUGUGACCCUGUGUGUCCCCUCUGGGAGGCCCUUCUCUGCCUCCAGCAGGGAACCAAGCCCGUGUGAACCAAAUAAACCGCGCCUUCCCGAUA